UCUUGACGUAAGUGGACAGUGCGUGACACAGCUAAACAGACGAGGAUCUUCGCAAACAAGGCAGCAGACGUCAGGGUCUACAGACUAAAACUACAGACUAAAACACUUUGAUAAAUUAUAGAGUUAUAUUGGCUGGAAGAAUACAUUGAUUUUCUUUUUACAAAACCAAAGACCGAGAAGAAAGCCGCGACUGAAUAAAAACCAGUCAUUUUCAUCAGAAGACCCAUUAAAAUGGAGUUUCCAGAUUUGGGAGAGCACUGCUCUGAGAAGACCUGCAAGCGUUUAGAUUUUCUUCCAAUGAGAUGUGAUGCCUGUCAGGAGAUUUUCUGUAAGGAUCACAUCACCUAUGCAAAUCACAAAUGUACAUCAUCCUACAAAAAGGAUGUCCAGGUUCCAGUUUGCCCGUUGUGUAAUACUCCCAUUCCCAUCAAAAGAGGCGAAAUGCCCGACAUAAAAGUGGGAGAACACAUCGACCGGGACUGCAAAUCAGACCCUGCGCAAAGAAAGAGGAAGAUAUUCACAAAUAAAUGUUCUAAAGGUGGCUGUAAACAAAAGGAAAUGAUACGAGUUACCUGCGACCAGUGUCAUUUAAAUUACUGUCUCAAACAUCGACACCCACUAGACCACGACUGUAAGACUGAUGGGAAGCCUCUUUCCAAAUCUGGACAUGCUGCUGUAAUGAGGUCUCAAGGUGCUUCCUCUUCGUCUGCCUCUAGUUCUCGUUCAUCUGCUUCAGAAAACCCUCGGCCUGUUUCUAAUGGCGUAACUGUAAACAACAGAGCUUACAGCUCAGGUUCUAUCCCGCAGAUUCCUACAUCUGUUUCAGCACAGAAUGUAAUUCCUUCUUCGGCAUCCUUUCAGGCUGGCAUGACAGAGGAGCAGGCUUUACAAAGAGCGCUGGAGAUGUCUUUGGCUGAUUCGAGGCCAGCUGUUCAACCAACCCUCAGCCCUCAGGAGCAGGAGGACCAGGCUCUGGCUCAGGCUCUGGCCGCCAGCGAAGAAGAGUACAGACGCCAGCAACAGAGGCAACAGGGAAGAGAGACCAAACAGUCCACCUGCUGCCUUUCUUAGUCUUGGAGCCCCAUUUAUGCUUCAAGCUUUGCUAAUUGUUUGCUAGAUAAUGUACUUCUCAGAUGUCAGUACCCAGAAUGAUUGAUUGUACCAUGAAGAAUUGCUCUUAAAAGUUGCUGCAAUCUUGCCAUCUUCCACAUAUAAGCACAUACACUUUUCAGCAGGAUCUGUCAUUUUUAAUAAAUUAGUUGUGAAUAUUUUAUAUGCCUAUAAUGAUGACUCUAUUAUGAUACAGAUAUUGAAUAAAUUAAAGGUGCACUUAAAUUUUAA